AUGUCGUUCCUCUUCGGCCACGCCAAAACUUCGUACACCCACCACGAAACUCCGAUAACCCUUCCCACCAGAUCCGGAUCCAAGACCUCUUUCGCCGACCUGAUAAAGGUUGCCACUCCACCAUGUCGACUGAACCCCCUCCUCUUCAAUGGCCACCUCCAAACAAUGUGGACGGCCGUGAAAGAUGACGGCCCCCCGGUGUAUUACAAGCGCAAGAUCUACGAGUCAACACACUCGGUUUACCCAGGCCAAUUCACUGUUGAUUUUGUUGUUUCGAAAGAAGAGGGCCUUGCUAGCAAGCUUGAUGACGAGCUACCCGAGAGGACUACGUUCUAUUCCGAGGAAUAUUGGACUGCUGUGGGGAGCGAUGAUAAGAAGCCCAUGUUGGUGUGCUUACACGGUCUGAGCGGUGGCUCACACGAAGUCUACCUCCGACAGUGCGUAGCUCCCAUCACGGCCUCAGGCUGGGAAGCUUGCGUGGUCAAUGGAAGGGGUUGCGCGCUGUCGAAGAUCACAACGCCGAGAUUGUUCAAUGCAAGGGCAACGUGGGAUGUGAGACAGCUGGUUGAGCAUUUAAGGGAGCUGUUCCCUAAUCGUCCACUUUACGCCAUCGGGUUUUCCUUAGGCGCGAAUAUUCUGACCAACUAUGUGGCUGAAGAGGGCGAGACGUGCGUGUUGAAAGCCGCUGUUGCAUGCUCCAACCCAUGGAAUCUCGAGAUCGCCAACGUAGCACUCCAGAGAAGCUGGCUAGGACUAAGCGUCUACAGCACAGUCAUGGGAGGCAACUUGAAGAAGCUGUAUGAACGGCACCGCACUGAUCUUCUCGAAGCUGAGGGACUCAAUGAUGAGAAGAUCAUGAAGUGCAAGUACUUGCACGAAUUCGACAGAGCGGUUCAAGCACCAACAUGGGGAUAUCCAACAGAGACUGCCUACUAUCGCGAUGCACAAUCAGCUGAUGCAGUUGUUGCUAUUAAGAUUCCGUUCCUUGCUAUCAACGCAGAAGAUGAUCCGAUAUCCAGCAUGGAAGCGAUACCCUACGAAGAGUUCAAACAGAACCCGUAUACUGUCCUCUGCUGCACUAACUGGGGCGGACACUUGAGCUGGUUCCAGUUCGGAGGUAAAAGAUGGUUUGCGGACGCCGCUGUCGCGUUUCUCACCAAGCUGCAUGAUGAGGUGGAUAUAGAUGCAUUGCCGGCGGGCAAGAAAGUAGAGGCGAACGGCGAGGUGCCCACCAAGAAGUAUCCCAUUUUCGACCCGUGUAAUAGGAGGUUGGUAUUGCCGCCAAAAUAG